AAACCGAAGCAAGAAAAAGCGACUGCAGCAACAGCAGAAGCAGAAGAAGAAGAAGAAAGAAGAAGUUCCAUGGCAUCGUUCUCCUCCAGCAAUGGCGAGGAAGAUCAGGUCUUGGUGGAGGAUAAGUCGUUUGUGAGGACAGUGAUACUGAACAGACCCAAGCGGCUGAAUGCUGCUUCGUAUCAUAUGAUAUCUCGGUUAUGGGAACUUUUCCUUGUUUAUGAGAAGGAUCCUUACGUCAAGUUGGUAAUCUUAAAGGGCAAGGGGAGAGCUUUUUGUGCUGGUGGUGAUGUUGCAGCUGUUGUGCAUGAUAUCAACAAUGGAAAUUGGAAGUCAAGUGCAAGCGUCUUUCGGAAGGAGUAUAGAUUAUUUUAUCUGAUGGCAACAUACUGUAAACCUCAGGUUUCAAUCUUGAAUGGCAUUGUCAUGGGAGCGGGGGCUGGUUUUUCCAUCCAUGGUAGUUUUCGUGUGGCAACGGAGAAUUCGGUUUUUGCUAUGCCCGAAACAGCCCUGGGUCUCUUUCCUGACAUAGGUUCCUCAUAUUUUUUGUCAAGGCUCCCAGGACAUUUUGGGGAAUAUCUUGGUCUUACUGGUGCUAGACUGGAUGGAGCAGAGAUGCUUGCAUGUGGCCUUGCAACUCACUUCGUUCCCUCAGUGGAAUUGCUGUCCCUGGAAGCUGCUCUACACUCAGUAGAUUCCAGUGAUCAAGCCAUAAUUUCAGCAGUCAUUGGUGAAUACUCUGAGCUGCCUAUGUUGGAAAAGCAAAGUGCAUACAAUCGGUUAGAUGUCAUCAAUAGGUGCUUCUCACGAAGAACUGUGGAAGACAUUCUAUAUGCUCUUAUUUCCUCGAUGUCCCUUUUGCAGGAGCAAGAAGCCACAAAUGAGGUAGAUGAUUGGAUCCAAGCCUCACUUCAGUCACUGAAGAAAGCAUCGCCAAUAAGCCUUAAAAUUUCCCUUAGAUCGAUAAGAGAAGGUCGACUGCAAGGAGUUGGCCAGUGCCUUGUACGAGAACACAGAAUUGAUUGCCAUGCAAUGCGAGGCGAAGUCAGCAAGGACUUUGUUGAGGGCUGCAGAGCUGUGAUCUUGGAUAAGGAUAGGAACCCAAAGUGGGAGCCUCCUAGAUUGGGCCUUGUCACUGACAAGAUGGUAGACAUCUACUUCUCCAAGGUGGAUGACGAAGACUGGGAAGAGCUGAAGCUGCCCCCCAGACCGAACUUGCCUGCAUCUGCUUUCGCAAAGCUGUAGCUCUUGGUACUGAAAAAUAUAUUUGGGGUUUAACCCAUGGGGUUGGUUAAAUAAAAAUAAAAUAAAUCUGAAAUUC